AUGGCUCCCAGUGCUAUCGAUGCCUCGAUCACAGAUGUGGUCCAGCCAAAGAAAGACACUCUUGGACUUCCCAAAGAGACUCGAGCUCGCUUCGAAAGAGCCAAUAUUGACCUCUCGAAUGGUUACCCUUAUCGUCCAGCUCGUCCCCUCUAUCUCCAAGACGCCUACAACAUCAGAAACGAACCUUGGGAACACAAUGAUGCUGGCGCCAGAGCAAAGAAGACGGAUCCCUCCAAGAAGUCUCUUUUCGAGGCUGCAAGCAAGGUCGAAGAUCUCACAGCUCAUAUCGGUACUGAGAUUCAUGGGCUCCAGCUCAAAGACCUCACGAACCAGCAAAGGGACGAAUUGGCAUUGUUAAUCGCCGAAAGAAGCAUCGUCUUCUUCCGCGACCAGGAUAUCUCUCCCCAACAGCAGAAGGAGCUCGGCGAGCAUUAUGGAAAGAUCGAAGUCCACGUAAUACCUCAAGUUCCAGGAGUCGAAGGCGUUACCGUGAUCUGGCCUGCUCUACAAGCGACCGAAAGAGCCGCCAACUUCAGAAACCCCGGCGGUGCUUCUCGCUGGCACACUGAUCUGGUUCACGAGCGCCAGCCCGCAGGAAUCACACAUCUCCACAACGAUAUUGUGCCAUCUGUCGGUGGAGACACCUUGUGGGCCUCUGGCUAUGCUGCCUACGAGAAGCUCAGUCCAGGCUUCCGCAAGAUCAUCGAUGGAGAGAAGGCAUACUUCAAGUCUGCGCAUACCUACCUCGACCGCAACGAUCCCAAUGCCGGUCCCAAGCACAUCGAGCGUAUUCACCCUAUCGUACGUGUGCACCCCGCUACUGGUUGGAAGUCGCUCUUCGUAAACAGAUCUUUCACGACCAGAAUCGUUGGUCUGGACAAGGCCGAGAGCGAUGUCAUUUUGAAUUACCUUUUCGAUGUCUAUGAGCGCAACAUCGACAUCCAGCUUCGAUUCAGAUGGACUCCCAGGACCAGUGCUCUGUGGGACAACCGCAUAACUAUCCAUAAUGCAUCUUGGGACUACGAGAACGGUGCAAGCCGACAUGGGACCCGCGUGACAUCGUUGGCUGAAGAGCCUUACUUUGACGAGGAUGCUCCAACGAGAAGACAGGCCUUAGGUCUUGAUACGAACGAUGAGUUGGUUGAUGUCAAGUAA